UUUUCCUUUCAUCAAAGCAAAUUAGAUUAUACGCUUCUUUACUUUUCCUCUCUUUCACAAAACUCGCAUUCUCUCAUUUUCCUUUCAUCGAAGCAAAUUAGGUUACACGCUUCUUUAAGAACCUAAUUCCCAAAGUCACAACUGCGGCAAGCCUCUGUAGACCGACUGGUGUGCGGCGACCUCCGACCAGCGGCGGAGGCGAGCAGUAAGACAGCGGCGGCUGCGACCUUGGACCGGCGAGCGACGAGAGGCAAGCGGGCCAGACAACGGCAAGGCAGCUUCUUACGUAUUUCAGUUUUCAAGACUGUUGAGUGGGUCUUGGAUUUGGUGUCUGAGAUUGGCUGAGAGACAAGAUUGUUGAUUUGAGUAAAGAUAGAUAAAGUCUUCAGCAACACCUUUUGCUUUGAGUUUUUGAAAUGGCUAACAGCAAGUACGAGUACGUGAAGUCUUUUGAGGUGGAGGAUGAGAUAAUGCCGCCAAAUGUCAUUGUUAUCCGCAUCAAUGGACGUGAUUUUCACAGAUUCUCUGAAGUGCACGAGUUUGAGAAGCCGUAUGAUAAGGAAGCAUUAGAGCUAAUGAAUAUGUGCGCCAAGGCUGUUUUAGAGCAAUUCCCUGAUAUUAUGUUUUCUUAUGGUUUCAGAGAUGAGUAUAGUUUUAUAUUUAAAAAAGCAACCAAAUUUUACCAGCGUCGUGCCAGCAAGAUACACUCACUCAUUGUAUCUUUUUUCACGUCUAUGUAUGUCACCAAGUGGAAAAAAUUCUUCCCGCAAAAGGACUUGAGACUUGCUCCUUCUUUUCAAUCACACAUUAUUGAAUGUGCAUCUGUGGAGGUUCUUCAAGCUUAUCUUUUAUGGAGACAACUUGAAUGUCACUUGAAUAACCAGUAUGAUACUUGUUUUUGGCAGCUGAUUAAGAAUGGUGGAAAAACGGAAAAAGAAGCAGAAGAAAUGUUGAAGGGAUCUCAGAAGCAAGUAGUAAAUGAAUUGCUGUACCAACACUUUAACAUUAACUACGCAAAAGAUAUACCAGAAAUCUUUCGCCAGGGAACAUGUGUUCUCAAGAUAGAGGUUGAAGAUAUUGUGAAGUACAAAGAUGAUGGAGAUCCUGUCAAAAGACAUAAGAGGAAGGUCAUAACAGUUCAUUCAAAAAAUAUUGCAUCUCGAAGUUUUUGGAAUGGGCACUUGUGCCUGUCAAAGGAGCUAGGUGAAUUCGUUAAAGAUUUAAACAAAACCGAAUCAGAUUAUGUUAGAUCUUUCCAAUAUAAGCGCAAGUUGAUGCCAUUCACUUGGAUUGUUAUUCGGAUUGAUGGUUGCCAUUUUCACAGGUUUUCUGAAGUUCACGAAUUUGAGAAGCCUAACGAUGUGCAAGCUCUCAACCUGAUGAACUCAUGUGCAACUGGUGUUCUAGAAGAGUUUAAGGACAUUAUCUUUGCUUACGGGGUUAGUGAUGAGUAUAGCUUUGUUUUGAAGAGAGAGUCUCAGCUCUAUGGAAGGCAUGCCAGUGAUAUAGUUUCUGCAGUCGUAUCAUUCUUCUCGUCAGUAUACACUAUGAAAUGGAAUGAAUUUUUCCCACAUAAAGAAUUAAAGUAUCCACCAUAUUUCGAUGGCCGUGCUGUUUGCUACCCUUCAUGUGAGAUUCUUCGAGAUUAUCUGUCAUGGAGACAAGUUGACUGUCACAUCAAUAAUCAGUAUAAUACUUGUUUCUGGAUGCUUGUGAAGUCCGGCAAAAGCAAGAGUGAAGCACAAAAUUUCUUGAAGGGUACUCAAACUCAGGAGAAAAAUGAACUUCUCGAUGAGCUCUCCGGUAUCUCAAAUUACUAUCAGACAUCACAUCCCAUGUUCCGCCAGGGUUCAUCAGUUUACUGGGAUAGGGAGACAAUGCUGGUGGACGGGAAAGAAGAAGGGUCCGGUGUCAAAUCACGGAAGAUAGUUGUUGUCAAACACUGCAAUAUAAUUGAGUCGAGCUUUUGGGAGGCACAUCAAGACAUACUUGACGAGAAGCCUCAUUCGUUUCAAAAUGGGCUGAGGUGCGAAAAAUCACCCAAGUGAUGUGCAUCUGAUGGUUGCGCAAGAUCUCAACACGCGAACUUGAGCCUUCUGGAAAAUAUUGAGAGCAAUCAAAGAGGAGGAACUUUGUGUUCAAACAAAGAUGGGUAGAAAAAUGGCAUUUCAGCCAUGGCUGGAAGGAUAACUAAAGCCUUUUCAUCAAAAGGAUGAAGAAAAAAAUCUGAACGACUCUACAAGUUAUCAUCGUCAAAUAUGUCUCAGGCAUCUCUUUCUCAUCGAGGAAUUUUGAUGUCACUGAUAUUUUUCUGUCAAACUGGACUAUAUUUGCUAACACCAGCAAAACAGUUUUGCAUUUUUCUGUUUGAAUUGUUGCUUGAAUUAUGUGCUGAAUUUGGAUCAAGUCGGAGAGUUUGAAUGUUGUAAAUUAUCACUCUUAUCAAUAC